GAAAAUGCAAAAAUUGCCAGCUAUCUUGGAGUCUCUCGAUGGUGAUACCAAAAAAGCUAUUAUGGAAUGGGCGGAUAUGGUUCAAGAAAAACAUAGUUCCGAUAAGGAUCUUGACAGCGAUGAUGAUGAAAAUUUAACUUAUUUUGGGGAUCAUCUACUUAUCUUUGAAUGGGACGAAACAGCAUUAGCAAGAAGAAAUAUUCAGAAAAAUACAGUACUGACUUGUAUGUAUAUUAAUUGGUUCAAUUUAUAUCAAUUGAGGAGGUCUUUAAUAAUAUUUUGUUCGACAGAUAUUCGAACAACAUUUCCAGCUCAUAAUUUUCCUGGUCGUGGUCGACCUCUAUCAGAUUCCCUCUUUUACGUUGUUGAUACGGCAGGUGUUCCGGCCGACCAAAUAAUUCAGGAUAUUUUGCAUGGGCUUCGAAAUUUAUAUUUACUAAGAAAUGUGCCUUCGUUAGGAAGGGUCUAUACUGUGCAUGCGGAAAGAAAAAAUACAUUUGAAGCUGUUGAGAUUUAUGAUGUUUUUGCCUAUUAA